UCCGCUCACGUGAGGCUAUAACAGGAACAAAAUGGCUGCAGUGGGUGAUGAAGCCGCAGCCAUGGACAGCAUCUCCAGGGAACCAGCGGCCCAGCCAGCGGCUCUACACCCGGCAGCAGGCGGGGCUGCUCCGGCAGAACGUCCGGACCCAGCGGCGGAAAGUCCGGCUGCUGCUCCUAAGAAGACCGGAACAAACAGUGAUGGAGGGGUGGAGACUGCAGAGGAGGCUGUGGAGCCUGCAGAGUCUGACAUCAACGAGCUGUGCAGCGAAAUGUUUGACAAGAUGGCGCUGUUCCUGCAGGGAGAGCUGACAG